AUGUUGAAGUUUGUGAUUUUGUUGUCGGCCAUUGCUUGCGUUUUGGGUGCUGCUGUGCCAGAGGGUAUGCUGCCCCAAUUGGAUGGUCGCAUUAUUGGCGGUGAAGUUACCACCAUCAGUAACUUCCCCUGGCAAGUCUCUCUUCAACGUUCCGGUUCUCACGCUUGCGGUGGUUCCAUUUAUAGCUCUAACAUUAUAGUGACUGCUGCUCACUGCUUGCAAUCGGUUACCGCCUCAAUCUUAAAGGUACGCGCUGGUUCGACCUUCUGGAGUAAUGGUGGUGUUUUAGUUAAGGUUGCUGCUUUCAAGAACAAUGAAAAUUUCGACCCCUACACCUAUGCUAACGAUAUUGCUGUCAUCCGUUUGGAAUCUUCCUUGACAUUGUCCUCUACCAUUCGUCCUAUUGGCUUGGCUACUGUGGCUCCUCCUACUGGUGCUGCUGCUACUGUUUCUGGUUGGGGUACUACCUCUGUUGGCUCGAGUUAUAAUGGUCUCCCAGCUGAAUUGAGAUAUGUCGAUGUUCAAAUAAUCAGCGCUGCCGUUUGCACUUCUGCUGCUUAUGGUUAUGGCUCUCAAAUCAAACUUACCAUGCUUUGCGCCAGCGCUAUCGGCAAGGAUUCUUGCCAAGGUGAUUCUGGUGGUCCAUUGGUCUCUGGUGGUGUUUUGGUUGGUGUUGUAUCUUGGGGUUAUGGCUGCGCUUACGCUUCUUAUCCUGGCGUCUAUGCCGAUGUUGCUGUACUCCGUAGCUGGGUUGAAAACACAGCUUCAACUAUCUAAAU